CUCAAACAACGCUUGGCGUCCAUGGCUGUCUGAGUUCUUAGCUGCGGAAUUAUUACCGGACGUAUUUAAAUUGUAACAGUAGUUCUGUUCUAGUAAUAUUUUUAAGACAUGUAGUUGAAGCGUGUUAUGGAAACCAGAUCCGAUAAUUUUAAAAAAGUACCUGUGGGUUCCAAAACAAGAAAAUCGAGUGAAGCGACAAGGAUUAAAAAGAAAGUUGCAGUAGCUAAUUUGGAAAGGCACGUUGCUUCUGUUAGUAGAAAAAAAGAAAUCCCUCCACUGACACCGUUGCACAGACUGCAAAAAUUUAAAGUAAUACGUGAUAGAAACUUAAAAAGUAAGGGAUUUAAGACCUCUUUAGAAAAUAAAAUAAAGAAAAUGGAAGGUGUAACUACUGCUACUACUAAUACUGUUGAAGUCAAAGAAAAUAUUAUCGUCAAGGAGACUGUAGAAGAAAUAGUGGUUGGUAACACUAAUGGUAUUGAAAAAAUGGAUAAAAGUUUAACUGAUUUAGAAAAUAAGCAUGAUAAUUGCAGUAGCCCUUCCAAAGAGGAAAAUCACUUAUCUUUAAGGUUAAAGGAAGCAACAGAGGAAGAUAAAUCUGUAGAGAAAAAUGAACUUGAGAAUAAAACUGAAUCAAAAUCUAACAUAACAGAAACCUCCAACAAAAUUGAACCAAUUCAGGAUAAUAAUAUUGAAUCAAAAAUGGAGACAGAGGAGACAAACAAAGUUUACUCUGCUAGUUUGUCGGAUAAUGAUGCAGUUUCGUCGGUAAGUUCCCAACAGGCCAAUAAUAAUUCUACCCCAGUGCCUACAGAUGACGAAGAUGAAGUGGAAGUUAUCGAAUCAAAACGUGACUAUGAAUCUAAUUCCAAGGAAAGUAAAUUGCAUCCUACAAAAGAUGAUGAAAUAGAAAAUACUAAUGACAUUUCUAAUAGAUCCUCCAAAGAAUCUGCUGUUUCUUUUAAUAAGGCCUUAUUGAAUGCAAGUACUGCUAGUAGUUACAAAUCCAGCUAUAGCAAUUCCUCACGAAUAUAUGGAAGACGUCCUGUUCGUUGUUUUACAAAAAGCAGGAAGAGAAAAAUGGAAGAAGUAGCCCAAAAUUGUGAUUUCAAACGAACUAACAGCCCUUCUCAGCCAAGCCCUCGUUGGAGAUUUUUCCCUUCAACUGCGAAUUUUUGGACUCCUAGAACGACUCCAUUUAUAUUUUCUUCUACAACUCCUAUGAAUACUUUAAAUGAUUCGAUGACAGUGAAUAUAGAUGAAGAUACAAUACGUAAUGAUUUGGAUGAUUCUGACUUAUUUUCUGAUGCUGAUGAUUUUACCCACCAACCAGCCAAGAAGUCUAGAUGGGGUUGUGCAAUAAUGUAGUCCCUCUUCCAAAUAUUUUUUUUUAUGAAUGAUUUUAACCAGUAAUCCAUUUUUUAGGAGCAAUGUUAUCCAUUUCUUCAUCUUCUUCUUCCUGCCAGAAGUUCCAAAAAGUUGAUAUGUAUGAAUUUCUGUUAAUGGACAAAUUUUGGUUCAGUAUAUUACCGAAUGGUAUAAUCUCUCAACAUCUUCAGUAAUAUUUUAAUCAUCAUUUUUUAUAUCUUGAAUAUUUUAGAAAAAGGAAAAAAAACAAACCUUUUUUUUCUUUUAAUGUUAAAAGACAAAUCCUGUGAUUUUAUACAAGUCUAGUUGUAGUAAAAUUAUGUUUUGUAUUGAAUAAUUGUAUAUUUGAAAUAAAUUGUUACUAAGAUUCUAAAUAAUUGUGACAACAAAAGGUAUUAAAUAUGUGCCACAGAUUUUACUGUAGUACAUAAUGUAGUUAUUAUUUAUGAAAUAUUAGGUAACGAAGUACCUUCAUUUUUUUUUUUUUUUUUUAAUUUUAAUAUAUAUUUGUUAUAUAAUUUCUUGAUUGUAUAUGAACGUUUUGUACUGUAAACCAAAUAUAAAGUAAAUUUGUUUUUAUCAUUA